AUGCCACAUAGAACUCGACCUAUGACUGCACUCUUGGUGUUUACUGGGCUGAAUAUUGUACUAGUUUCAACCAUUACUCCAGUCUAUGAUUUUGUCUGCUUCCUUCCAUACUGGGAAAGAAGGAGAGAACGAUGUCGUCAGGAACGUGAAGCAAUUUUAUCAAAUGGUCCUGAAUCAAAAUAG